AUGUCGCAACGCCGGGGCAUCGUCGACUCCAUUCAGGCAAAGGCCGGUGAGGUCGGGAAAGAGGACUUCGACAAGGCGAAGACUCUUGUGAAUGAUGCCGCACGAAGCGGCUCUUACAUUUAUCCCAUCAAGCCCUUCCUGAGCAAGCUUGGUCCUACCCUCACGCUCAGCGCCGGAGUCCUGGCAGGGAUGUUUGCCCUCACCUACCUGCCCCAGCUAGCGGUCUUGGUUUUUGUGGAAGGCCCGCUCGCAGUCUUCUCGACCGUCCUCCUUGUUCUCAACGAGAGCUCCACACUCGUGUCAACCAUCUCCAAGACCUGGGUUCUUCAGGAUGCUCUCCUCGACACAUUUGACGGAACGCUCGUGGCCAGGAACUCUACGAACCUAGUCAAAGGCGGCAGAGAGAUCAAGUCAGGCAGUGAUCCCAUUGCCAAGCUCGGCAAGAUCAUUAAGAGUCCUUUUGAGCGGUUUACCCCCAGCGCGUUGAUCAGAUACGUAAUGUAUCUGCCCCUGAACUUCAUCCCCGUGGUGGGAACUAUAAUCUUCAUCACCUUGCAAGGGCGGACGCGUGGAAAGUCUGUUCACGAUCGGUACUUCCAGCUAAAGGGAUGGAAUUCAAGGCAGAAGUCGGAUUGGCUCCAGGAGCAUGUCGGCCCCUACACUGCCUUCGGUACCGUUGCUACCCUUCUCGAGAUGGUCCCCUUCGUCGGCAUCUUCUUCUCAUUCACCAAUGCCGUCGGUGCCGCGCUAUGGGCUGCGGAUAUAGAAUCGAAGAGCACAUCCAUGACACGCACGACAGCUCCGGGCCUACGCGAGGCAGCUCGAGAAGCCGAGUGA